UCCUUCUCAGAUCAUUCAUCAUCAUCAACGCCGUCUCUCAAAAUCCUCUGAAAAACAAAACACAUCGAUUUCAUCAACAUCUGUGAUGGCACCGAAAGGAGCGGAGAAGAAACCAGCCGGGAAAGCACCGGCGGCGGAGAAACUACCAAAGGCGGAGAAGAAGAUCAGCAAAGAAGUAGGAGGAGGAGGAGGAAGCGAGAAGAAGAAGAAGAAAGCGAAGAAGAGCGUGGAGACAUACAAGAUCUACAUCUUCAAGGUACUGAAACAAGUCCAUCCAGAUAUCGGGAUCUCUGGGAAAGCUAUGGGGAUUAUGAACAGUUUCAUCAACGACAUCUUCGAGAAACUCGCUCAGGAAUCGUCUAAGCUCGCUAGGUAUAACAAGAAGCCGACGAUUACGUCUAGGGAGAUUCAAACCGCCGUGAGACUUGUCUUGCCUGGUGAACUCUCUAAGCAUGCUGUUUCUGAAGGCACCAAGGCGGUUACCAAAUUCACCAGUUAAUUAGGGUUUUCUGUAUAUUUCCGGUUUAAUUGUUUGGUUUAGACUCGAUUUCGUUGGAUCUUUUUCCGGAAUUUGAUGGAUUAUUUGGUUAUUCAUCCUCUCAAUAAUUGAUAUUUACUUAUUUAGUCCCCAA